GAGGCGCGAGUGCACAAGGCAACAACAAACGUACUACUAUAUUUACAAGCCACUAAAGUAGAGACAUCCUUCUCGUCUUCCCCAGCACUUGAAAGUUUACUGUCAAUCGUAUAAGUACUAGUCCAUACGAGCCAACUCUUCGACCGCAUCAAGAGUACCACAGCUGCAAAUCGGAAACUUUCAAUCACUUGCCUACACGCCGCGUACCGGUCCACGAUGCCGCCAAUCACCCUUCACAAGGAUGCUCCAAUCGCUCCAACCAAAGCCGACGGUAUCACCCCUCAAACCGCGACGAACAACCCACCACCAACACGCACUACACCCGCAUACACGCCCGCCACUACAACACAAGCCUCCUCAAGCCCUCCUCCUCCACAACCCGGCGCUCGUCCAGCUGCACCAACAGGCUCGACACAGGGCAACAACAAUGCGUCGCCAGCGCCUCCACAGCCCGGUCCUACAGCAACUGUGGUAACAACGGAGACAAGACUAGGCGGUCCACCACCACAGUUUACAGCCCCACCACCCACCGAUUCAGCGCUCGCAGGCCGGAGCACAACAACGUCAACCACAGCGUCUAAGCCCGGGCCUACUACGCUGAACUAUGGGCCCGCUGCGUCUUCGUUUCAAGCUGCAGACUCAGCAGCAGCGGCGCCCACACGAACAAGCCUUGAGCAUCCGCCAGGGUAUACGCAAGUGCCUGAUAAUGCGCCGUAUACGGCUGGGGGAGGCAUUGGCGGGAGUGGAGGCCAAGGGCAAGGGACUGAGGAAGGGGGCGUUGGAGCAGCUGCGUGGAACGUGUUGAGUAAAGCGGGAGAGGCACUGAAGAAGGGCGAGGAAGCCGCAUGGAGGGCUGUUCGAAACAAGUGAUUAGAACCCGGGUAUGUGUCCAGUCACACUUAGCUAGGGUUGGUAGGCUUCAGGAUUCUGGCACAAGCAAAAUAUCCACUGGUGUUGAUCGACAUGCGGUCAUAAGGCGUCACGGACAUCACAUAUGUAUCAACAAGAUAGCAGUAUACAAAGAAACCCAAUGACUCUCUAUAAACCACUAUUUUCCCCAGGGCACCAAGCGAUGGAAACACAGUUAAGAAAGUGGUAAACAGACAAGCAAUGCAAGCCGGAUAUGUCGUGUGUAAUACAGAAUGCUGUGAGGGAAAAACAGUUGCCGGCAAUGUAAAGUACAAGGUGUGUUACCACCGGGUCGUGCUUUUCGUUACCAAGAACAAUCUUAGCAUACCAC